GGGCUGGCCAGGAAGGGGCGGAAGGCCGGCUGGGAUUGGACCGCGGCUGGGGAUCUGUGGUGCCCCUGCUUCAGGUGUUCCGGAGGCUCCACGUCGCCUGGCGCCUGCGGCUUCUGUGAGCCCAGGCGGUCCCCAGCGUCCGGACCCGGCCUGCAGCUCCCGCGAGGACAUGGCGGGGCCGGGCCCGGGGGACCCAGACGAGCAAUACGAUUUCCUGUUUAAGCUGGUGCUAGUGGGCGACGCGAGCGUGGGCAAGACGUGCGUGGUGCAGCGCUUCAAGACCGGCGCUUUCUCGGAGCGCCAGAGCAGCACCAUCGGCGUCGACUUUACCAUGAAGACGGUGGAGAUCCAGGGCAAGCGGGUCAAGCUGCAGAUCUGGGACACAGCCGGCCAAGAGCGAUUCCGCACCAUUACUCAGAGCUACUACCGCAGUGCCAAUGGGGCCAUUCUCGCUUAUGACAUCACCAAGAGAAGCUCAUUCCUGUCAGUGCCUCAUUGGAUCGAGGAUGUGAGGAAGUAUGCAGGCUCCAAUAUUGUGCAGCUGCUGAUUGGGAACAAAUCAGACCUUGGUGAGCUCCGGGAGGUCCCUUUGGCUGAGGCGCAGAGCCUAGCAGAGCACUACGACAUCCUGUGUGCCAUUGAGACGUCUGCCAAGGACUCAAGCAACGUGGAGGAGGCCUUCAUGCGAGUGGCCACAGAGCUGGUCAUGAGACAUGGGGGUCCUCUGCUCAGUGAGAAGAGCACCGACCACAUCCAGCUGGAUAGCAAGGACAUUGGAGAAAGUUGGGGCUGCGGGUGCUGACCGGGGUACAGGGCAGACAGGCAGGCAGGGGCCUUCCCAUCUCCACUCUCUGGUCUGCCAAGCCCAGCCCUCCAGAGCUGGCCCUCUAGGGUACCAGUGAUUGUAGAGAAGCUUGAUAAAGUCCUGGAAUUAUUCAUCCCAUGGCCUGGAUGCUUAUUGGAAAAGCUACCCUAAGGAAAGAAGAAACAGGAUUCUUCUGGCAGGUGCCUGUUGGCACAGGGUACAGUAUGGGGCCCAUCCUGCCAGUCAGCGGCUAUUCCCUCCAUGUUCUCAUCCUAGGAUAAGUCCAAGCUCAUGAGUGUGGACUGCAGCUGUAUGUGCUUCCCCAACUCUGUACAUACUAGUUCAGACCAUUUCACACCUUGUGCCUGCUAAAGCUGUGGCAUCAGGUUGCUGCUUUCCAGGGAUGUGGCUGGUGCUCAGGUCAUUCCAGGGCCUCCAUAUGCAGGUGCAGAGAGCAAGAGCAAUCAGCCCAAUAGGCUGGUUUCUGAGCAUAGCCCCAGGGAAGUCCUAACGCCUUCCAGGCGAAGAACCUUCUUUCUUCACUGCCAGCUAUAAGCUCACAGACACCGUGAGGUCCUGCUUGCUGCUUUAGCAAGGCCUCUCAAGUUUUGUAGUUUUCCAUGUAGCUUAUUUUCUUCCACAAAAGUGUAGGGUAAUGGCCUACAGUCAAGUGUGAACUACCUGCUGGACUGAGGGCCCAAAGCUUUGUCACUCAGGUUGCAAAACCAGCUAAUUCUUCAUUACUGGGGUCUCAAAAACUUGGGGGUAGGGAGAAUGAGAUAGGAACCUGGAUAUUUAUGGGAAAAAUAAAAUCUUGUAUCCUUGAGGAUCUGGUCUGAGAGUGUCCCUCAGGACCUAGUCUUACCCAUGACAGAAAUCUUUCCUGCCAUGUUUAGAGCAUCAGCUCCCCUACUGCUCCCAGUCUAGCUUAUAGAGUUUCCUAAACAAAAAAUGGCAAGGCCUUAGUGGUUCUGGGUCUAGCCAUUUCUUGCCAACCCCCCCCCAACCCUACCCCCCUG